AGGAAAAGUUGGGAUGUAUAACGCAAGAUAGUCCUAACGCCCUGAUACGUACACAAGCUGUGAAUUUCAAAAACAAACAAACAAACAAUCAAAAUUGUAGAUAACGUAGAACAAAUGCUCCACAAUUCCUCUCUGACAGGAAGGGAACAUGUUGGUCCAUCUCUAGGCAUGCUCACAAAUUUCGAGCGCUCCGUGGCUCAGCUGUUUUUGCUUUCAGACUAGGUUGAUAAUCGCUAUGGAGCAGACAGCAUCCGAGCGUUUGGUUCUGUACGGUGGCGAUCUGCGUAACAGCAUCGAGGAUGGUUGUAACUCUCUGGGCGAACUGAUCGUGAAACGGUUACACCGUAAUGGCGACGAUGUGGCACUGGUGGACGCAGUUUCUGGAGAUUCGCUGACAUACCAUCAGAUUCUGGCCCGCGCCCUCAAGCUAGCCAAUCGUUUCCAUCGGCUCGGCAUCAAGCGUAACAGUGUGGUUGGGAUAUGCAGUGAAAACUGCAUUCACUUCCCAACCAUUACGUUCGCUACGAUCAUGCUGGGCGCAACUGUGCUACCGAUCAACUACGGUUACAGCCCGUCCGAGCUCAGGCACGUAUUGCACCUAACAAAACCGAUCGCUCUGUUUGCGUCCGAAAAGCCGCUGCAGAAGAUCAUCGCGAUGCGCAGCGAUCUACCGUUCGUUAAGCUGCUCGUUUCGUUCGGUAAGGAUCGCCGAACGCGUGGAGUUGCCCUGCUGGACGAUUUCUUCGAUAACAGCCCGGUGAGUAAUUUGCGCAACUUUACCCCGCAACCGGUUCCGCUUAAAAAUCAAGUCGCCGUGAUGGUGAUGUCGUCCGGCACGACGGGACUCCCGAAAGCGGUACAACUGACCCACCACAACGUGAUGACUGUGAUGGCGUACCAGGCGGAAGAUCCUCGCUACACCGAGCUGCCUGUACCGUUGCGUGUGCUUGGCCUGUUACCGUUCUACCAUGUGUUUGGUUUUAUGCUGUCGCUUAAUAGCUGCCUCAACAAGGUUCCGAUGGUGGUACUAUCGCACUUCGAACCGAACCUCUUCCUCCGCACGAUCCAAGAUCAUCGUAUCACCAUGGCAAGUCUCGUGCCACCGCUGGUGGUGUUUCUGGCCAAAAGCCCACUGGUCGAUAGCUACGAUUUGCGUUCACUGUAUGCCGUGCUUUGUGGUGCUGCUCCACUGAGUCGAGAAAUUGAGGAACUCGUACGAUCCCGUCUACCCAACGUGCAAACGAUUCGCACCGGGUACGGUAUGAGCGAAACCUCCCUCGGGGUUAUAUCGCGCACAAACGAUAAGAUUGGUUCCGUCGGUAAGGUACAUAAAACAACCUCCGUGAAGGUGGUCGAUCUGGAGACGGGUUGUGCCCUGGGACCCAACCAAACGGGGGAAAUCUGCAUCAAGGGUCCGCUUGUGAUGAAAGGCUACCUUAACAACGAUCAAGCAACAGCUGAAAUGAUCGAUGCCGAUGGAUGGCUGCACACCGGAGACAUUGGAUAUUACGACCAGGAGCAAGACUUUUACAUCGUCGAUCGCAUCAAGGAUCUGAUCAAGUACAAGGGUUUCCAGGUACCACCGGCCGAACUAGAGGACGUACUGCUUAGCCAUCCGAGCAUACGGGACUGUGCUGUGGUUGGUGUUCCGGACGAAGGGGCCGGAGAACUACCGGCCGCUUUCGUUGUAACGCAACCCGGGACGGAUGUGUCCGAGCGGGAAGUUAUCCAGUACGUAGCAUUCAGGCUGUCGCCUCAGAAGCAUCUCCGAGGUGGUGUCUUCUUUGUGGACGAAAUACCCAAAACGGGCAGCGGUAAAAUAUUGCGCCGUCAGCUUCGGAAUGCUUUGCAGCAGCAAACCUCCAAGCUAUAGUUCGCUUGACUCACACUCCAAAAACACUCAUCCAGCUAAUCGAAUGAUCAAAGCGUAGCUCAAUAAAACAUGCAUUAUUUCAGAUUGAGCUGCUCCAUUUUUAAAAUAUUUCACCUAUUAAAGUUAAUCGAAAACCCUUCGUUUGAUGGUAUUUUGGCCAUCACCAACCAAUUCCCAUUUUCUUGCUCAGUCGAACGUGUUCAAUAUCCAUCCAUCUUUUAAUCAUCAGUGCAGCUAUGAACACCUCCAUGGUCGAUUUGAGUUUCCAAUCCCAGGCCAGCCACUGUGCUGGAACGGCAAUCCGCCCAGCGCUGCGAGUGGAUAAUAAAAGCCGGGAGAAAUUAAUUCACCACACAGAACACGAUGGCAGCAAAGGUUUGAGUGCUGUUUUACACCAACCAAAUCGUCACGCUAGUGUCCUUGGUCCUUGGUGUUUUUCUUUCGGUUGCUUCCCUCACCACGUGCAGUGUCAUUGAGUCAUUUCGUUUCGUUCCCCGUUCUUCGGGGUUUUACUACUUCGGAGCACAUUCGAAGCGGUUCAUUGGGUGCUUUCGGCUUCUUCUGGAAAGGAAUUUUAAUUUUGAAGGAUAAUGAAUUCACGAAAUAUCUGAAUAUUCCUUUCGUGGGAUGGAACCGAGUAGGAUAGGAGCAAUAACAAAAAAAAAACACAGCACUCACAACGCAUCGUGUCGUUAAGCUGCCCUAAUCGACCAUUCUAGCGGAUGGAUCUUCACCGCGCCGGAAGCACCAAUAUCCGACGAUGGUUUUGCGGUGAUUCCUUUUAGAACAUUGCACCCAACAAGUCCGGCCCAGGCGAAGCUUCUGAGUAGUAUUUUUUUUUUUUGGUUUGUGGUCCGCGUCCCAUCAAAGAAUCAAUUUCACUAAUUAACUGUAAACCAUCCGGAAUCUCGGGUGCCUGCUUGCCAACCGGGAACCGGAAACCGGAAUACAUAAGAAAUAAAAUAUAAACCCCAAAACUGCAACAACAAAAAAAGAGAAAUAUAUAUUCGCACGUAGCACGACGCUAAGCUGGCGGGGUUUUUAAGCAAGCAAUGGUAGAUAAUUUGUGACCAUGUCAACUGGGCCGGUUCCGUGAAAUCCACAGUAAAUAAUUAUCUCACCAAACGGCCAAACCCCGUAAGCCACACGGAUGGUUUGGAGCAGCUUUUCAACGCAGCAAACCUUUCAACGAAAUUAGCUGCUUCUGUAGAAUUUGGAUUUGGUAAAUGAAAUGAUGGCCCAGCUACUACUGGCUGUGGACAAGCCAAAGAGACUGAAUGCACUAGAACUUAUACACAAGAGAGGUCUUGUUGGGUGGAGAGUACACAUGUCCAGCCACUAGACAACGGGAAAUGCAAUUAUUUGAAGUAAAAUAAAUUACGGUGAAUAUGUUAAAGUUAACACCUUAA